AAACAUUCGGUUUCUUAUUGGCUUCCAUUUUUCAUGUAUCGCUUGUAUCGAAGAGUAGCCUACACGUUAACCUAGAUUUCUUACUACGCAUUACCAUCUAUACGCGGAGUCAGAAACCAGGCUUUCGUUACAAACUAAUGAAGAUUGCGAAAAACUUGAAACGUAAAACUUUCUUAAUGUAACACCAUUCGGGACGUUUAUGAUCCUACUGAAAUGCUAAAGAAAAAAAAACUAACGGACUUUAUUCACACACUGAUCCAGGAAGGACAAAAAUGGAUGACGUUCCAUUCCAUCUAGAUUUCGUAAACAAAACUCAAGUCUGUAAUAAAGAUGUAGCUUUGGCACCUAUUCUUAUAGGAGGAAAAUAGCCCGAAGGAAGAAGACGUAGAAAAGAGGAAUUCAUUAGUAUGGAGCCACUGUCUCCAGGACCCUGCCUUGAUAUUAGCGACGAUGAACUUGUCACAAUAUCGGUACGCGACUUGAAUCGUCAACUUAAACUUCGUGGAUUGACAAGAGAAGAAAUUGUGCGUAUGAAGCAGCGGAGAAGAACAUUGAAGAACCGUGGAUACGCAGCCAGUUGCCGUAUUAAACGUAUCGAACAAAAGGAUGAGCUUGAGUCCGAGAAAAGUCAAGAGUACCGGGACAUGGAAGCGAUGCAAGAAGAUAAUGAGAGAAUGAGGGAAGAAGUUGAAUCUUGGCGUGCUAAAUAUAACGCACUGAAGAAAUUUGCUAUAGAGAAAAAAAUUUACAUUCCACCAGAACUAGAAACCAUGUGAACAAAUAUUUUGUACCACAUCUUUGUGAUAUAACAUUUCUAUUGUUCAAGUAUAUUGUUUUCUGCACCAGCAUUCCGCUUUAUCAGUGCACUAUAAUGGUCUUAUUAUAUUUAUUAAUGAAAUGUCACGAAUUAUGAUUGCAAAAUCACCGGACUUAUAAUUUAUUUGAUUCAGUUGGAUGCGUGCAACAUAAAGGCUGAAAUCUUUAAAUAAUGUUGGUGUUUUGAGGGAAUGCUUAUAGGUAAUAAAAUUUUGUAUCAAC